AUGAAUGUAGAAACAACCAAUUUUCUAAAUCCUGCCUUGAGAGAGUGUUGUUGUUCUUCAAGCUCUCCUCUACCUUUACAACGUAUUGUUCAAUUAUUAAGUGUUGGGGCAUUUGAAUUAAGAAAACAAAUUAAUGAAAAGAUUAAAUGUGAUAGACUUGGAAAUGGAGUAGAAGAGAAGGAAAAUGAACAAGAAAAAUAUUUGAAUAAAUUGAUAAGGAAUGAACUAUUGCUUAUUGAGUUAGGAGUUGUAGACACUCGAAGAUUAACAAAAUGGAUUAAUAAAUUUAACGAUAUUUACAUGAAACAAUUGUUAAAUAUGGAAUUGUAUUUUGUAAAUAAUUUUGCCGACCAACUCGAAAAUCUGUGCCUUAAAUUAAAUACUCAUAGUCUACCACAAGUGUGUAAACCUAGGGCUCCUUUUUUGUCGUUAAAUGGCAUGUCAAACACUCUUGGAGAUAAAGUAGUGUAUCAAGCAAGAUCGGAAGUUACAGCACGUGUUGAUAUUGCUGGUUCCCUUCUGUGUGCUAUUUUGGUUGUUGCCGGUUUUGUACGUGAGGAAUUGUGGGGUGGAGAAAGGCAUUAUUUAUUUGAUUUUGCCGGACCUGGACGAGGCUUACUUAUCGAAACAGAAUCAGAUUUGCCUCACGGAUCUGGCCUCGGUUCUAGCAGUAUACUUGCUGGAGCACUUUUAUCUUCUCUCCACAAACUAUCAGGAAAUAAAGAACAACAAUUAAAAGAAGACAAAUUAAUUAAUCAAGUAUUGCAAAUAGAACAAUUACACACUUCUGGGGGAGGUUGGCAAGACCAAUUGGGGGGUUGUAUUUCUGGAGGUGCUAAAAUUGGUUGGGUAGAAUCAGUUGGGGAAAGAAAAUGUUGUUGGCGUUCUGUCCCGCUUGGAGGGGAAUUAAUUAAAGAAUUCUCUAAAAGAUUUGUUUUGUUAUAUACAGGCAAAACUAGAUUGGCUAAAACUUUAUUAAAGCAAGUUUUGUUGAGUUGGGCAAGACAAGAACCACAAAUAUUAGCAACUGUUGAAAGACUUGCUAAAGGAGCUUGGAAGGCUGAGAAAAUGCUUAUUGAGGGUAGGGAACAGGGUGGUGACAUUUCCACCAAAACACUCAAAAAUGUGGCAAAAAAUAAAGCAUUAUUUUAA